UCACGUUCAUAGAGUUACAGCGGAAGAAUUAUAGCGUUGCACCAUUAUGUACAUGUGAAUCUUUGGCAUGAUCGUCCUCAGAACGGGUUACUUGUGUGACAUCUGACUAUGAAGCGGUUGUACAUUGGUGGUCUCGGCCACACCGUAUCCGAAAAGGACCUCAAAGACAGAUUCGGAAAAUUUGGAGACGUGUCGGACGUGGAAAUCAUCACGAGGAAGGACGAAGAUGGAGCUCUUCUGAAGAAAUUUGGUUAUGUAAACAUAAACAUCACAGAUGCUGAAUACAAACGAUGUAUAGGCGUCUUAAAUAAAUCAACAUGGAAAGGUGGAACUUUAAUGAUUCAACAGGCGAAAGAGAGCUUUCUACAUCGACUUGCAGAAGAACGACAACAAAUAGUUGAGCAGGCGAAAACCCCAAAGAUCAGCCCUCAGAAGACGGUGGUGGAGACUCUCAAGACAGCCGGCGUCGAGAACUUUCACAUGAAAGCUGCAGUUCCAGGAACCGAAAUUCCAGGACAUAAGGAUUGGGUUGUGAGUAAAUUCGGGAGGGUUCUUCCUGUUCUCAACCUUAAAUUUAAAGGAAAGAAGAAGGUCUUCAAGUAUGAUCCAUCCAAACACUGCCACAACAUCAAGAGACUGGAGGCCGAAGACGAUGUCACGCCGGUGUCCGAGCUAACGUGGGAGAUUUCGGGUGGAGAUGAUGAAAUCAGUAAGAAAAGAAGAGGAGAGUUUCCGAAGCAGAAACCGUGCCCUAAAAAACCCAAACAAGACUUAAGUGCAUUGCUUAGCAGAUACACCAAAUCUGCUUUUGAAAACAAAAACGCGGUCAUCCAACAAAACAGACUUGAUGCUAACGAAAAACAAAGGUGUGUUAAAAAAUCAGUUUGUGUGUUUGACAAUGAUGAUUCGGAAGACGAAAUCAGGAGAUUGGUUGCCGAAGAAAGUUUGAAAACCUCGACCUUCACCGAGGUCGAUGAAGACAACUUAGAGGUGGUAGGAGAUGAUUUUGUAGUUAGGUCUAAUAUCGUGUGGGGCAAAGCUGAACGAGAUGCUGUGAAAUCCCAGCUCGCUGCAAAAGACGACGAAGAGUACGAUUCUGCGGACACGGAUGAGAUACUCAUUCAGAGGAAAACCCUCUGUGCAGAAAAAUCCCAGGAUGUAGAAUCCCAAAUGAAAUCUAGAAAAGCCAACGCAGAGCCUUUCAGUAGUAGCAAUGAAGCCUCCGAUGAAGAAGAUGAUGAUGAUGAUGAUAGCAUAGAUUCAGAAUAUGAAGCUAUGAUAGGUAACUGUUACCGAUUAGAUAUUUCCUUUGCAGAGUUGGAACAACUAGCUAAAAAUGCAGAGGUGAUGUCAGAUGAUGAAAAGAAAGAAGAAGAAGAAGAACCCAAAGAGAAACCAAGUGUAUCAAACAAAAGCAAAGGCAAUAACCCAGAAGAUAUUCUAGCAUCCAUCCUUGGGGACGAUACACCUGAAAAAGAAAAGAAGAAGAAGAAAAAUCAGAUGAGCACCGGAUCUCUUCCUGCUUUCAUUGGAACGAAAGAUCUCUUUGGAUUUUCUUCAUCUGGUCCUUCAGAACCCAGCCUGAAAAGGACAGGAGAGACUUUAGACCAUAACUCAACCGUGGGUGCCAAAAAAACAAAACAAGACCUAAAACUGUCUCCAAACCAUACUUUGACGAAAGUUCAGCCGUCCACAAGCGCAAACAUACAUGUGGACAAAGUCUCCGACUCGAGUUCUUCAUCAGAUGACUCUUCCAGUGAAGAAUCAGAAAUCACUGAGGAUGAAGACGGCAAAGAUAAUCAAGAUGAUGUCAUCUCCUCUAAAACAACUUCGGUGAAAACAAAUCAUUUGACAAAAUCCAACCAUCCGGUAAGUAGGACAGAUGAGAAAAAGACUGUGGAUGCAGUUAAACAGGUACCCAAAAAGACGAACCCUCCAAGUUCCUCCAGCAGUAGCUCAUCUAGUGAGGAUUCAGAGACCGGAGAUGAGGAUGAUACCUCCAGAACUCAGCUGAAGGCCAUUUCAAAGAAAGUUGAUUCACAUCCCACGGUUCUUCACCCGACCGUCCCGGACGCCCAGAAACAACUACAGGACAACCAAAAACGUCUCGCUGCUCUGGAGCAGAGACAGAAAGAGACCGAACAACAGAAGAAACUGAUACAAGGCGCUCUGUCUAAUGUGGACAACGCAAACAGAGCCAAACACAUUGUGUUUGAUUCAGAUGAGGAAAGUGACGAUACUCCAGACGUGCAAACGGCAAGCCAGAAACACAAACUCUUCGAGGGUGAUUCAGAAUCUGAUCCUGAAGAUCUGGAAACCACAAAAGAAGACCUGAAAGAAAAGUCGAACAAAAAACCUGCCGGCAGCAAGCUGUUUGACAGCAGUGAUGAUGAAGAUGAGGAUGACGAUGAUGAGAGCGAUCGCUUUCAGAUCAAGCCUCAAUUUGAGGGCAAAGCUGGUCAGAAGCUCAUGCAACUGCAGUCGAGAUUCGGAACGGAUUCAAGAUUUCAGAUGGAUUCUAGGUUUCUGGAAAGUGACAAUGAGAAAGAAGAUGAAGAUGGACCGAGUCCAGCGAUGCACACGGAGGACGAACUUCAUGAGGAGAAAAAGAAAACGCUUGAUAUUCUCCAGAGCGUCCUAAAAACCAGCAUUAAAGCAAGAGAACCUGUGAAGACCAAGAUGUUUAAAGACGUUUCGGCCCUCCAUUAUGACCCAACACGUGAGGAACAUGCAGUUUUUGAGGGCAAUACAAAGCAACCAGCGGUGAAAGAAAGCAAAGCAGCGAGGCGGAAAAAACGCGAGGAGGCUGAAAAACUCCCUGAAGUUUCCAAAGAGAUUUACUUUGACGUUUCGGCGGACCUUAAAAAUGUGUUCGGGACAUCCAAAGACGAUCAAGACGAGGCUGAAACAGAAACUGAAAAGGUCUCGUGGGAUAAAGAAGACGAAGAUCCGGAAGAUGAAACAACACAAGGCGAUACAUUUACGGAGCUGUCCUUUACUUCAAACGCACAAACCUGUGAAGAUGCAUCGGGUGGAUUUAAAUUCUCUUUCUUUGGAGAUGAUGCACCCAGCCAGUCAACCAGCAAAACAGAUGAGUAUAAAGUAGAAACACUGAAAGAGGCAAAGUUCUCCUGGCAAGUGGAUCCUCGUUUCCAGGACAGCAGUUCAGAUGAGGAGGGCGUGGACGAGGUCGAGCAGGACCAAUUAACUUCCAGCAAAACCACAGAAGAACCAACUCCAUUAAAAAAGGCGUUUUUCUUCUUCCACCAAGACGAUGAACGGUUAAAAGAUGGGCCUGGGAUGUUCUGUAGAAGUGUUGCACUUAUAGAGCAGAGAGAAGCCUGGGAAGAAACGAGACAGUCACUUAAAGCGGAGUGUCGUAAGAAACACAGAGAUGCUAAAAGACGUCAGAGGCCAUCGCUGAAAACCUAAUUUUUUAUACAUUUUCAGAACAGAUCUUGUUUUUGCAAAAAUUAUUGCAUUUAGUUAUAUUUUGUUUUGCAUUGCUGUAAUUUAUUGUUACAAAUAACAAAUCUGAAUGCAUAAUCACUUGCAACAUUUAUCUUGAAAAGGAAUAAAUGUUUAUUUCUAACA